UAACAAAUAUUGAAUAAGGAAUAUUAUAUGAACAACAUUGAAAUUUAUGAGCCUAACCUUGGAAUGAUUGAUAAAAUCCAUAAUAAAUAAAUAGUGGACACAUUGCGAAAAAAUAAUAAUAAUAAAAAAUAAUAAAAUAGUAAGACCAAAACAUCUCUAUGCAUGCAUGAAAACCUUAUAAAUGAUGGGAGUUGAAUGAUUAACAAGUUUAUUUAGUACAAUUACAGGAAUAAUUUUUUCUUCCCUUAGUUUUUGCCAAAGGGUUUCUUCUUCGCCGUUCUUCGUGAUCUGCAAAAGGGGUUUCAUUACUUUACAUUUGUCUUGACAAAUUGCUCAGGUUUUGUUUUCAUCUCUUGUUUUAGACAAGUUCGGUGGGUUUUUUUUUUGGGGAUUUGCUGUUGGAUCGGCGUCCAUGGAAGAUGACCUAGGAUCUCAGUUAGAGUUCUGUAAACUCUCGGCUGAGGAGGAAAUUGAGGUGGUUGUAACGGAUGAUGCCGCGAUACGAGAGUCCUACUGGUGUGCUCAUAGUUUAGCCGACCAGUUGUUUUCCGAGAAACCCUUGAAGCUUUUUGGGAUGCGCAAGGUGCUUAGUGAAGCCUGGGAUUGUGAGGGUUUAUAGAUGUAUCAGAUCAAGGAUUUAAUGUUUCAAUUUGUUAUUCCCAGUGAAGAUGAUUGUGAGCGGAUCUUGCGACAUUGCCCAUGGACUUUUGAUGGGGAUCUGAUUUCUGUUCAGCGUUGGUCACCAGAUUUUGAUUUUUCGGCGGUACAGGGUUACAAAUGUUCCUCUCCAGUUAGCCACGGAAGAUAUGGCUAGAGAUAUUGGCUCUUCCUUUCUGUCAUGUGAAACAGUUGAAGUUUGGGAUCUCAAUCUCAACGGUGGCCUCUAUCUCCGAAUCAGAGUAGGAGUGGAUAUCUCUAAACCGUUUCGGCGAGGAGUCAAAAUUCGGCAUGGUGCAACGGGCAAGUGGAUGAAAUUUCACUAUGAAAGAUUACUAUCUCUUUGCUAUAAUUGUGGUAGGUUUGGUCAUGGAAUCAGGUCUUGUCCUCGCAAGGUGGAAGAGCCAAUUGAUGAACACCAAUUCAGUGUUUGGAAGCCUCUGGUAAAAUGGGUAAGCCUAAUAAGUUUCAGCGUUCUACAAGUUCUACAGGCGGGACACCGUCAUCUAAUUCCGAGUCUACUGUUCUGAUUUCUCUGGGGAUCGUUUUUCCAUCGGUGACGCUAGUAGUGGUAACGGCGGACAGGUUAACUUUUUUUCCUCUGGUCAUGUGCAAGGGGUGAUGAUGGAAGAUGCCAGCUGUCCUCCCAUACAGUGCCCUCCACCCUUCUCUCUGGGGCCGGAAGGGCCUACUGCGUGCUCCAGGUAUGUGACCUCAGAUGAGUCCUUUUUGCAGUUGAGAGGGACUUCAGCAUCUUUACCUAUGGCGGGGAGUAAGGGAGCCGAUCAACCUAGCUUUGGAGCGGGCGUUGGGCCUAUUUUUUUCAGCCCAUCUCGGCCUGCUAUCCAUCUUAAUCAAUCAGUCCAACUGGAUCACCCCACUUCAUCUCUUAAUGGUCUAGCCCAACCAGUCGAUCUAAGAAUGUUAGCUUUUAAUUGUGUGGAGCAGCUUAUGUAUCCCGUUUCUGCCCAAUUACACCCAAUUAUGGUUCCACCUUCUUCUUGUACGAUUUCCCCUUCUUUUCCUCUAUUGAUGCUGCCGAGUCCCCCAUCGUGGAAAAAACAAAGCCAGAGCUAAGUAAGCGUCCCAAAUAGCAGAACCUCUAGGAAGCUCGAAGAAAAAGCUUGAUUCUAUAGUGCCCCUUUCUCAGUCUGCUCCAAAAAGGACAAAGGCUGUGAUUUCAUAGCAGAACCUCUAGGAAGCUCGAAGAAAAAGCUUGAUUCUACAGUGCCCCUUUCUCAGUCUGCUCCAAAAAGGACAAAGGCCGUGAUUUCUGAUGCACAUUGCAAUUCGGUGGUGGUAGCCAGUCAUACAUGGCCCCAACCCCCUCAAUGAGGGUUUUAGUGUGGAAUUGUCAGGGUUUGGGGAACCCCCUGAAAGUUUCCUAUUGAGGAGGUUAGUAUCCAUCUAUUCCCCCCCUUUAAUUUUUCUGUCGGAAACAAAGAACAUAGGCGAUCGUGUAGAAACAGUUACAAAGUUACUCGGUUCGUAUGAAUCCUUCGUGGUUCCAUCUACUCGUAAGGCCAGCGGUGUUGCUAUCUUAUUCUCUAAGGAAUGGAACAUUUCUGUCAUUGAUUUCUCGGAAUUCCAAAUUACAUGCAAAAUCAUAGGCGGUCGAGGCAAUGAUCUUUGGUAUUUCACAGAGGUAUGCAGUUCCUGUUCAGAGAGGGAUCGGGCUCUCCAAUAGAGGUAUAUCCAUAGCCUCAUAUUUCAGUUAGGCCCUCGUUGGCUCCUUAUAGGUGAUUUCAACGCCUUGCUCUACCGGGAUGAGAAAAGAGGAGGUAGGCCUAAAGCUAGUUGGAUGCUUAAGGAAUUCAAACAGUUCAUUGAUGAUUGUUGUCUGAUGGAUCUUUAGUUUAAAGGUUCCCAUUCAUAUGGCAUAAUAAGAGAGAUUCGGGUAAGCUUAUUUUGGCUCACCUUGACAGAGCUUUGUGUUUGGCUCAAUGCCCCAAUCCUUUCCAAGGUGCAUGCUACAUCACCUCUCAAUUAAUGGCUCAGAUCAUAUAGCCAUCAUCUUGUGUCUCAACGAUUCCAUCUCUCACUCUAGACAAGAUUUCUUUUUUGAUACUCGGUGGGUCAAGGAGGCUGAGUUUAAACCGAUUAUUGAAAAAUCUUAGGCUGCCCUGGGUACUGGUCCUCCUCUGUCAGGAAUUCCUCUCAAAUUAUCUAAGUGCCAAUCCGAUCUCAAGGCUUGGAGACGAGGUAAAUGUAACAGUGCCUUGACCAAAAUUAAAUCCAUUGAAGCUCAGUUGAAAUUUAUCAAAAGAACAGAUUGGUGAGUUUGAUAAAGCUAAAUGUUGUAGACUUGAGCUGGAAUUAAGCAAUGCUUGAUACGAGGAAGAGACGUUUUGGCUUUAAAAAUCUAGAAUUUCUUGGCUUACUCAUGGUGAUAAGAAUGCCAAGUUUUUUCACCGCAAAACACAAAUUGGGCAGCAAAAGAAUGAGAUUAUUGGCUUGGAAGACUCUGGGGGUAAUUGGUGUGAUUCCAGAGACAACAUCCGUAAAGUUGCAGAAGAUCACUUUCAUUCUCUUUUUUUUGUCUUCUCCGGACUAGGAGGACUCAACUUUUUGGCAUAGUAUCAAGCCAAAUGUGACACCAGAGAUGAAUGAAGAGCUUUUAAAGGAGGGGUCUGUGGAGGAACUCCGACUGGCUCUAGCGAGCAUGGGUUCAUUCAAGGCUCCGGGGCCUGAUGGUUUUACCCCUCUUUUCUUCCAAUCCAACUUGGAUAUUUUAAAGCUUGAUUUGCUACGAGGUUUCAAUUCAUUCAUUUUGGAUGGCUUUCUUCCCCAUCAGUCUCAAUGCGACUAACAUUGUUCUCAUUCCCAAGGUGAGAUAUCCCACUCUAACGUCAAAUUUUAGACCCAUCUCUCUUUGUAAUGUGGCUUACAAAUUAUACUCCAAGACAUUGGCCAACCGUCUUAAACCUUUCCUUCCUUUUCUCAUCAGUACCUCCCAAAGUACAUUUGUUCCUCAACAUCUCAUCCAUGACAAUAUCUUACUAGCUCAUAAUCUCUUCCAUGUUCUCAAAUUUAAAAAGAGAGGAGAAUCUUGUUUUAUGGCUCUCAAGUUGGAUAUGGCAAAGGCGUACGACAGAGUUAGCUGGUUAUUUGUGGAAGGUCUCUCCCUAUUAUUUAAGGAGUUUAGUAAGCAUAAGAAAUUACAGAGGCUACGUAUGGCUAGAGGUUGCCCGCCCAUUUCCCAUCUUCUUUUUGCCGGUGAUGCACUUCUUUUCUGCAAAGCAACUGAUCCUGAAGUUCGAAGAGUUAAAGCCAUUAUGGAUAGGUACACUACUCUUACUGGUCAACAGGUUAACUUUGACAAAUCUUGUGCAUAUUUCUCUCCUAAUCGACAAAUUCUCAGUAUUCACAAUGUCGAUUGGCAUAAUCAGUACCUCGGCCUUCCAUCAUUUUUUGGUAAAUCCAAAGUGACGUCUCUUAAUUUUAUUUCAACUCGUGUUUCGUCCAAAGUGAAAACCAUCAAAGGGAAAUUAUUAUCCAAAGUAGGUAGAGAAGUCAUGCUGCAGGCUGUGCUUUCUGCUCUUCCUACUUAUGUGCAUAUUUCUCUCCUAACACCAUUUUACAGCGCAGAGUUAUUUAUCGACAAAUUCUCAGUAUUCACAAUGUCGAUUGGCAUAAUCAGUACCUCGGCCUUCCAUCAUUUUUUGGUAAAUCCAAAGUGACGUCUCUUAAUUUUAUUUCUGCUCAUGUUUCGUCCAAAGUGAAAACCAUCAAAGGGAGAUUAUUAUCCAAAGCAGGUAGAGAAGUCAUGCUACAGGCUGUGCUUUCUGCUCUUCCUACUUAUGCUAUGCAAUGUCUUAAGUUGCCAAAGAAAAAUUGUAAGGUUCUGUCUAGUCAACUUCUCAACUUUUAGUGGAGCGGGGAAGAAAUAUCCAAUAAGAUAAAAUGGAUUAGUUAGGAUUCUCUUUGUACCUCGAAAGUUUCUGGUGGCCUGGGUUUUAAGAAUAUUGAGGGCCUUGAGGCUUUUAAUUUGGCUUUACUGUCCAAGAUGGCUUGGCGUAUGGAAAAGGGCGAUGAUUCUCUCUUGUUCAAAGCUUUCAAGAAGAAAUACUUUAAUUCAUGCAAUUUUGUGGAUGCUCCAAGUAAAGCUAAGGCAUCAUGGGCCUGGAGGGGGAUUUUUUUCGCCAAAGGAAAUUAUCAAACAAGGCAUGAAAUGGCAUAUUAGAGACGGAUUGCAGGUUAAUUGUUGGAAAGAUAAUUGGUUUCCCGGCCCUUCAAACUUCUGAGUUUCCUCUCAUCAGUGGGACACUCCUUUCUCCACUGUGGCUGAUCUACUUUCUCAUUCGCCCAACCAAUGGAACACUUCUUUGGUGCAUCAAUUUUUUAAUCCGCGGGAUCGCGACCUUAUUCUUGAGAUUCCUGUUAGUUUGAUGGGUGGUUUGGAUUGUAAAGUUUGAGGUGCCUCC